UUGUAAUCAGUGUGUUCAAGAAGAUCAACGCGGCGCUGCGCUGGAUCAGAUGUGCGUUUUUACCACUGGAUAUACCACUGAAAAUGCGUCAAAAAUCAAGAGCUGCCAAAUCGAUGACGACUGCAACGAAGACUACAACAGAACCCCGUCAAUAACAUUGAAAUAUAUAAAAAAAAGAUUGUUUUAAAUAUAAUUAGACGAUAUAAAUAUCUGUUGUGUGAUUAUUUGUAAUGCAGGAUUGAAUGUGCACACGAAAAUAUUGUGCAAAUUAACACCAAGAUUGAAUCAUUUUUUAUUCCCAUGUUCCAGUUGGGUAAGAGCACCAAGGAAACGUGCAACAUGCAGAAUGUAGUUACAGACUAUGCAGAUGACUCCCUCUGUAGGCUACUUACAUGUGUUUAAUAGACUGCUUCUAGAAGAAAUAUUUAUUUUCUUUUAAAACCUUCCCAAGCCAAAUGGUUUACCUGUAGAUAUUUUAACAUAUAACAUGAACACUGCGAUUGAGUGAUAUUUUAUGUUUAUAUUUGCCUAUUGUAAUUAUAUGUGCCUAUUGUAAUUUAUUAAAAACAUUGUUUUAGCAGAAACUGAUUUCCUUGUGGUCAAAUAAAAAAAACUAAAUGGCUUUAUUAACAAGUAUGCCAUGUGAAAGCAUUUUCAAUUCAUUAAAAUUGAGUUGUUUGCAAUCAAGACUAAUCUCACAAAUGAUUGAUGAUAUAUUUUUAUUUUUAAUAAAUAAAAUGAAACUUUAUGUUAUCUGUAUGCAUUGUGUAGAGACAUUAAAAACUAAAAUGUUCAAGAUUACAUUCUAAACAUUUUGAACAUGCUGUAAUGCUUUUGGCAGUGAUGGUGGCAAAAAUGAAUUCCUUAUUGUCUAUAUAUCUGUAUAUAGUGCAGCUGUAUUUUUUGUUUGUAUUUUAACUGUACAUCAUUUCAUCUCCUGCCAUACAGUUCAGGAAUUACAAUAAAGCAGCUGCCGUUUAUGACAUCAUAAAAGGAAUUCUCAGGAAUGUUUCUUUAAAACAUUCUAACAGCAGAUGAGAGUAUUGAUUUUACUGCUAACAAUCGCAAGUGAACACAAGCGAGUUAAGAGAGCAAUAUUUGCACAAUUAUAUACUUUUUAAUGAAUUCAUAUGAUUGUUCCCAGUCCGGGCCAGAGGAUGAGCAGCCUUCUAACAUUCCACCACCUCAUAUAGGCCUGAAUAAUGGAUCCUCCAUGGCUCGCCAAUACUUCAUGCCACCUCCAUGCCCACCUCCACCUCCUCCCUCACCGGAAUACAGAGAUGAGGUUGAAUCUACCAGCUACAAUAAGGCCCUUCCAAGAUCUGAUGCGAUUGAGACCCAAUGUGGUGUUAUCACACCUGAAAAUCUGAUCUGGGAUCCUCCAAAUCUGCAGGAGCUUGGUCCAUUGAAAUUCGUUGGUGUUUACAACCUUCCACCAGCCUUCUGGCCUGCCAGCUUAAUGGAUAGGGUGAAGUAUCUUGGCAAUAAUGUGGAUGGGACAAACAGAGCUGAUGACAGCAGCACCAUAACAAAUCUAUCCUCCUCUGUGCCACAUAAUAUGAGUGAGGAGCUUCUUGAGAAUUUGGAUUGUGCAAUACCUGAGGAUAUCUUUAAAAUACCAGACCUCACUUUUGAUGCACACAAUGGAAGAGGAAGAGGACAAGCAUCAGCUGGUGUCAUGGAAGCUGCAGCCACUGAUUCUGAGGAACUUCUGCCUUAUUUCACAGGCUCACGAAAGAGAAAGAGGGCUAUUUACUCUGACAAUGAGUUAUCUCCUGCUACUGCUGAGAGUUUUGAGAUGCUUUGAGCUCCUUUGAGCUUCCACAUGCAAAGCUCGAGUGAAUCUGUUAAAGACCUCACUACUCUUUGUCAUGCUAUCUACUUUUUACAAUUAAAGCAAUGUCUGCGGCAAUCAUCUGGGGAUUUUAACAUUCAAAAAUGUCUGCUACUCGGUAUAUAAAAUGAGCUGAAAUUCAAAGAGUUGCAUAUAAAAUUUGGGUAACACUUUACAAUAAGGUCUUAUUUGUUAAAAUUAUUUAAUGCAUUAUGAACUGCAUGAGC